GAGAGAGGGGCACUGCAGAAUGACAGAUCAACAUGAAUAAAUCAUCAGAAAGCAGAGCUGACCACCAGAGAGAGAAAGAGAGAGGUGCGCUGCCUGAUGCCAAGACGCUUGUCUGUCUAUAGUUCCAGAGCGCUGUCCGUGAUGCUGGACCUUCUCAACGUGUCCAUUCACAGGUUACCUGUAGUUUAUGCACUGACCAGGAGGCACGACGAACUCACACCAUAAGGAGAUUGAGAAUCACACUUGAAAGAGACAUGGGGUUUCUAUUCAGAAGAAACCCCCUUUAAAAUCCUUGGAGUAGAUCGAACGGCGUCAGAUUCAAUUUGGGUACCGCGGUUUGAGAAAGGAGAGAAGUCUUCAAUAUCGGUGUGAUGGUUAACGAAUACAUAUGGGAUUAUUGUGGACAUGAAUGUACCGGGACGUGUUGACAAAAUGUUCGUCAAUAUGAUCUCUUUUGUCACAUACCUGAAGUUAAUUGAUCUACUCUGAAUACUUCGACUCAACGGUUUCAACGGUCGCUUGGAUAAUAAGUGAUGAUAAAUAAAAUAUAAGUGAUUCGAAUAAAAUAUUCGAAUGUGCUUAUGAAUUGAACGCAUUAAGUAGCCUGCAAGUGGGUACUUGAAGAUCUGACAUCUACAAAUUUUGAUAUAUAGAUCUGAGGAGAAUAAAACACGAAGCCAUGUCUUGUCUGCUGGUGUUAGUGAACUGUGUGAUCCUGUUGCUCUUCACCAGCGACAUGUUUUUGGUCAGUGGAAACCGCCCUCCUGCUCCCGUCAACGUGUCUGUGAUGCACCUGAGGGCCGACUCCGCCACCGUCUCCUGGGAGGUACCUGAGGGUGACGUCAUCAUCGGCUUCUCCAUCUCACAGCAGAGACAGCAGGGCCACACCCAGCGCUUCAUCAGGGAGGUGAACACCACCAGCAAGGCCUGUGUUCUGUGGGAUCUGGACGAGGAGACAGACUAUAUUAUCCAGGUCCAGUCCAUUGGUUUGUACGGAGAGAGUCAGGCCAGCAAGAGGGUCCACUUCAGAACCCUCAAGAAGUCUGACCGCUUCCUGUCCAACAGCUCCAACCAAGAUGACCCUGCAGUGGAAGGUGUGGACAAGUCACGACAGCUCCAGACAGGAGAGGUGAUCAUCAUUGUGGUCGUGCUGCUCAUGUGGGCAGCUGUCAUUGUCCUGUUCUGUCGGCAGUAUGACAUCAUCAAGGACAACGACUCUAGUUCCGGCAAAGACAAGGUAAAACCGUCGUCGUUGGCGAGCACGCCAGAACACUGCUCCGGAGGACUGCUACGGAACAAGUUUCGUCCAUCGCUACAAUCUAUCAACAUAAUUGAGGUUUAAGGGAAAGAUGCAGAAUGCAGAUGCCAAUUCCGACCCUUCCUCCUCCGUUGCUACAUUCUCCAACUCCUCAAUCUUCUCUCUCCUCUCUGACGAAGAGAAAACAAGUCAUUAGAUAAACUGCCGCCCUGAGGCUUGACUGUUGAUGCAUGUCGGCCAAGCUAAUUUAGCGAAGAAAACACACACACACACACAGAGAGUUAAGUAUACUGUACAAAAUACACAAGCACGCCUGCAGGGUGAUUGUACAUACACUAUUUUAAUGUUAAUACAUUAUACAUUAUGCAGGUAUCGUUCAAGUAUUUCAAGUGAGAUACUUGGUUUGUAAUUAGUACACCGUGGCCGUCUCUGGGACAUUUGUCUCUGGCGUAGAUUCAAUCCGUGUUGCAGAAGAUAGAUCCGUGCUACAGCGAAAAUUUAAAGGCGAUGUUCCUGCGUUCGCAGAGACUGCAAUGACUGUCCACUCUGCAUAUGUCGGGGCUCAAUCGGAACUUCCCUUUAAAAUGUUAUCGUGGUAAAACACUUCCGCAAUACAGACUGAAUCUCGCCCUUUGUGUUCAUGUUGUCGUCUGUGUUUUUUGAUAUUAACUAGAUUCCAUGUUAUGGAUUAUGUUUACUUUGAUUAUAUCCUUUGAUCUGUUUUUUUGCAUCUUAAUCCUCUUCCUCCUUGUACAGUCAUUUCGCAAUAAUAACAUCCCAAUUGGUUGCCGCAAAAAUACUCAUUCUUGAAGUAGUUAUCGCAGGUGAAAACAUUGUGAUCUGAGUGCGACAGACUACAGCAAUGCUAAUGACAGAAACCAGUUCUUGAACACAUGCAGUUGUAGAUGAAUACAUAGCUUAUGACCAUCGUCAACGCAUUAUUGAUGCAUGACUGUGCAUACGGAGAAAUGUUUAUAUUCCAUAGAUUGACUACUGAAGGACGCAUGCCGGUCAAUCACCCGUAGUAUAGUAUUUGAUGUGCUCUCUAUUUUUACCAAAACAAAAUAUGCAACAAGAAAAAAAUAUUGCAAUACUGGAAAAGCAGAAUAUUAUCCAUUUUUCUAUUGUCAUUUGAUCGUCCUUCCUCUUAGUGAGGACUUGUUUGUUUUGGUUGUUUUGACACUUGUAAAUAUCCUGUAAACUGUGUUUUACCUGACAUAUUGAACAAUAAAGUUUAUUUCAAAUUCAAACGGAA